AUGACCACCCAACCCCGCUUCUCCCCCACCGACAUCACCGUGGUCUUCAUCCUCGGCGGCCCCGGCAGCGGCAAAGGCACACAAUCCAGUAACCUGGUCCGCGACUAUGGUUUCACCCACCUGAGCGCCGGCGAUCUCCUGCGCGCCGAACAAGUCCGCGAAGGCAGCCAAUACGGCGACCUCAUCAAGACCUACAUCCGCGAGGGCAAGAUCGUGCCCAUGGAGAUCACCGUCGCAUUGCUGUCCAACGCCAUGGCCGACGCCCUGGCCUCCGGCAAGAAACAACAGCAAGAAGGUGGCCCCAAGCCCCGCUUCCUCAUUGAUGGAUUCCCCCGCAAGCUCGACCAGGCCGUGUUCUUCGAGGAUACCGUGUGUCCGUCGGAGAUGACCCUGUUCUUGGAUUGUCCUGAGGAGGUCAUGGAGACGAGGUUGUUGAAGCGUGGAGAGACCUCCGGUAGGGAUGAUGAUAAUGCGGAGAGUAUCCGGAAGAGGUUCCGUACGUUCGUCGAGACUAGUAUGCCUGUUGUCAAGGCGUUCGAGGAGCAAAAUAAGGUGAUUUCGGUGACGGCAACGGGAUCGGUUGAUGAGGUGUAUGAGCGCAUUCGCGAGGGAUUUAAGAGUAAGGGCAUUAGUCCUUUUAAUUUACCCUUGUUGCAACACCCCAAAUUGGUCUAUCUACCAUGGUAA